AUGCCACAUCAGCAGGUUGAUAAUCCGCGCGAACAAGCACUGAGAGUAGCUGAAGCAAUCACGCAACUCAUCGCUGAUUUGGGUCUUACUAGUACAUUACGCGAAUAUCAAGUACCCACAUCUAGUUUUGAAGGGAUUGUUGAACGGGCACUUCCUGAUGGCAAGGCUGAUGUGAGAUACAAUGAUUUUGUUACGCUCCUUGAAAAUAUCUAUUAA